AUGUUGUUCGAGAGUCGUUCUUCUUCAUCUCCAAGGAGACUACAACUCGGUUUCGUGAGAUGCAUUUGUUUUGAGUUUACCCAGCCUCGGCCGGCCACAGCUUUAGUCGUCCGCUUGGUUGACACGAAAAGGUCGGUCUUUAUUCUCGCAAUUCGACGUCUCCAAGUCGUCCGAUCAGAGCGCACAGAACCAGUUCGAGAUGUGCUUAGUCGACCACUUGCUCACAUGCGUCUAGUUGGGCAGUUUGAUCGAAUGAUCGUAUGA